UACCUAUGUGGUGAUGGCGGGAAUACAAAAGAGUAAUUUGUUAUGUUUGAAGAAAUAUGGCAUCUGUGUUAGAGUAUGUGCUGAGUGGAGAACUCGAUGUGGAUACGUUAGUGUCUUUUUUGAAAAAGGACACAGGCAAUGAUGGAUUUGUAUGUAAAGAGAACAUUCCAAAGCAGGUGAAAGACUUUCAACACAUUCACCAAGAAUUUAUUCCAUUCUUCCUGAAUUACCUUCGAGAUCAAACUAUCCAUCUUCUGCAAAGUUCCAGAUCAUCUACUCCCUCCCCCGCCAAAACUCCUUCUGCUCAGAAGCUUAAGAAAAGUGUCGAAGGCAAAAAGGGUUCAUCCUCGUCGAAGAGAAUUCAGCUGUUUGGAGCUAGUCCUGAAGAUGGAAACGAUGACAUUAAACCUGCAAAUGGUUCUUUUUUUUCACCAAAUACAUCUGUUGAUAUCACAACUCCGACUUUGAAGACCCCCACAAGUCUAAGCCAUGUUGAAAAAGACAAGAAAUCUACUCCUGUAAGUAAUUCAUCAUUUACAGGACGUGGUGGCGUGGAGCACAGGGGGUCUAAAGCAGGCCGGAACACUGCUUCACAUAGUGGGAACAAAAGUAAUCAAGAUGGCCGGUCUCGACACAAACUCAGUCUGGGUGAGUUUAUCAUAUCGCCAGACGUCACUUCCUCCAGCAAGAAAAAGAAUUCCCCGUAUUCUUCAGGAAGGAAGAAUGAUAGAUCAUUAGAGAACACCCCCUCCCCUGUUCCAACAAAUUCAAAGUCUGGACACAAGAAGCGGCUCUCAACAGAGUCAGAAAAUAGUCGACCAUGUUCCCCAGCGCCCGUGUUUAGCCUGGGUAAUACUGACGAGUUUCCGCCUGUAGGAGGUGAUGUCAGACUAGUCACACCAAGAAGGCAUGACCUGGCAGUGGAAAAGGGAAAUCUGACGAGUGUAAUUUUAAGAAAUUCCCCCAAUUUUGACAAUGCUUCAAAUGGAGGGAAAUCUAACCCCAUCACCAAGUCUCGUAGGAUAAACUUCACCACAAUAUUGCAGGAGAGUAUGUCACAAUCCUCUGCCACACCCUCCAGAAGAAUUAACCCCACGCCAGUGUCUGGGAAACCAUUCCGAACACAGACAAAUGUCUUCACAGAACAAGAGGACACGAAGAACAAGGAAACCCGUGUUACCACUGAUCAGGGGCACUUAGAAGAGGAGCGAGAAUUAUUAAGGAAAGAGAGAGAGAAACGUCUUCAAAACAAAGUUGAAAGCAAGCCAGACGGUUCCCACUUCCCUGUGUGUUGUACACCCACGAAGCCGGGGUUGGACCGCUCAAUCAGUGAAAUAGUAGUCGCUGAUGUUGCCGAGGUGACACACAAACUCGAGCUCGAUAAACUGGUACAGCUCUACUCGUCGUGCCUCAGCGAAAAUCUGUUUCCAAAUCUGUCGAUGGAGCUGUACUUUCUUAUGCAAUUGUUGACGUCACGCAGCAUAGAUAUGGAGCUGAUAGCUGUCUGUGGUGAAGAUGUUUUGGAGAACAAUUUUUUUUCAACCGUCCACAAUGCUGUCUACUUUGCUAUCUGUGUUCUACAACAACAGAAAAGGUUGCUACAUUGCCUAGAUAAAGGAACACUGAGACUUUUGUCAGAAAAUACCAGAAUUGUGCAGUUUUCUCCAGAUUUUAGUGAUUGGUUGACAACCAUUGUUGAAAGCAGAAAUCAACUGGUUGGUCCUGUAUACCCCAAGUCUCCCAUCGGCAGUGUGUCUUUCCAAGCCGAAACGGAUAACAGGAAAAACUUCCCUGAUGACAGAACGUUUCACUUGUUCAAAAAACAAAGGGAUGGAUUUUACGAGAUUCUGCGUGAGUGGGAGAGGCAUCGCAUGGUCCCAGGAUGGUCCUUUACUGAAGUUCUGGGGAACAGGAUUCGGGCACUGGUCAGCUCAAAGACAGAACUCACCAAUCAUCUUCACUUUGCCCGGCUCUUCCAGUCGCAGCUCAUUGCUAUGUGUAAAGGAGACGGAGGUGUAAUGGCAGACACUGGGGACGAUGAUAUCGCGCUGUUGAGUCAGUUAAAGCGUUCCAAUCCAGAAAAGUUUAAAAAACUCCAGGAGAGGUUUUUCAAGCCAUUAAGUUUUGGAGGACCCUGUCCAGUCCCAUCAUUUCCUGGAUGUCAGGAGUUCUUCCGCGAUUUCAUCAUUGCCGCAUCAAGCACCAUUUUCAAUCAGCACUUGAGUGAUACCUUUGCAUCAAAAAUUGUGGAGUUGAACUCAGCAAGUUUUGUCCCGGAAGAGGAUGCUGGAAAUGAAGAUUCAGAUGAUGAACAUAAGGAAAUGUUCGUUUCUAGUCUGUUUACGCUGCGAUUGUUGGGGAAGUUUCUGGGAUUUGUGACCUUUCUACCAUAUCAAACCACUACAAAACUGCCAGAUGAAAUUGAAGCUACAUAUCUGUCACUAAGGAAGAAUCACCUGCCAUACCUGGAUUUGGUGGAAUGCAUUAAGGAAGCCAUGUCCCUUCAUCGCCUUACCCUCACGGUCCCCUGGGUAGUGGAGUUCCUCAGCAUGAUGGAUGUGGUGGCCCCUAAAAUGGACCACUUUCAACACACUCUGUUCUUACUCUUGCUUAUUCACAGAUCGUGUUGGAGAAGCCUUGAGCGUGAGAAUUAUGGUUACCUCCUCAUCGUUACAAUGAUCAGCUGGCUGUUAGAUAUUUCAGUGAUUCCGGAGGGCUUCUUUUUUGUUGAAAUUCCUAAGGAUGUGACAGACGUUGUGUCAUCAGUCAGAAGAAAACCUAGAACACAGCUGGAUAUGCUGGGAUUUAUCGAUCAGAGCGCGUAUUAUUCUUGUUGUCCAUACUUAUUAGAACUCAGGACCUUGUUGACAGAGUUUGCUGUAGGAUGCAGCAGUAAAACUUCAACCAUCAGAAAAAUUACCCCCAUAUCAGCUGAUGACACGACUGUUUGUAAGCCUUCUGAUGUACAGAUACAGCUACAACUAGAGGAAAAUUUCUUCCACAAUCACCCCGCCUCCCUUAGGAGAUGUGUAGACUUUGUGGCCGAGAGAACAGCCUCCAACUUUAUCAAAAGAUUUCGCUCCACCUCUCUGCAGAAGUCCCUCAGCAACAGUAAAGGGGCUUUAAACACUCAUCUGAUGUCUCAGGCUGGAGGGUCCCCUAGUGGGAAAGCAAAGGACAAAUUGCAGCAUGAUAUUUUGAAGAUUGCACAAGAUCAUGUUAUACAGGCAAAAGCAGUGGUGUCUGAGGAAGUGGGCAGUUAUUGUGAAGAAAGAAUCCGAGCACUGGUGCAAUUACUGCUGCCAGACGAGCAGUCGGAUUAUGUCAAGCAGACAUCCACCGCGAUAUCCACGAGGCUGUCACAGGAGAAGGUUCACUCCUGGAUCAACAAGCACAUCACAGUCCAAAUGUUUCAGUCAGAGUUGACAUUGGAAUUGGAGAGAGUAUUGAAAUCCCAGCUCCUGAAUCAGAGUCGGGUCUUAACCUCCACAGAGAUUUUGACCCCAGGGAAUGCUGAAUCAAGCUUUGAGGUUGUUGCCACGGAGCAUGCUGACAAUACGAGGUUUCCCUCUGAUGUCCUUAUAGACAUAAAAGAGAUGUUGAAAUUCAUUUUACUGAAGAAUGUCAACCCUGGGAAGAAAGCCGUGAGGGAACUUCUCGAGGAGACUAGAAUUAUACUGGAGGGAAGACAGGACUGGCUCCCUGGAAUUUUCAAAUCCUUUGGCCAACUGGUAUUGGACCUUUGUCUUUCAUUGAUGUGUCACUUCCCUGAGGACUGGAGAGUUGAGAAUCUGAGGGGUUUUGAGGAGCUGUGGACAGGUCCUUUAAAUUCAGCCAUUCCUUUCUCCUCAGUGGUCUGCAGCCACUAUCUGAAAAUGCUGGAGGAAUCUCCAAAUCCAAAGGUGGCGUGGAUGAAGUUCGAGAAGCUGCUCCUCAGGUUGAUUCGGCUGAUGUUACUGAGUACAAGUGAACUACAAAAGCGCUGUUUAAGUGUUGUCACAGGAACACAGGACAUCAUUGUAAAUUUAGCUGUUUGUUUGUGCCACAUAAUAGAGAAACUUGACAGUGAUCCUGAGUUUACGGAGGAAUGUGAUUUAGGAGAUAUUCUGGAGUGGAUCUACCAGAUCUGUGGGGUGGAAGCCCCAAUUUCACAGUACAUACUUCAGACUCUGAAACUGGAUGUACCGCCCUGUGUGGUUUUAAGGUUGGAUAAUGACAAUGUCACUACGAAAACCAGUGUAGUGGAAACCUUACAGGACAAUCAAGAUAAAAACGGCAUCACAAGCAAAACAUGUAUUGUGCAAACCAUGUCUUUACGCUGUGAAAAUUGGGACAAAGAAUCAUGUGAUCGAACAAGUGAAUGUCCAGAGAAUGAUAGUGAACACCUUGAAGGAGUUCCUUGUUAGACUGGACAGCUUGGAUACUGAGAUACCAGUGCAUGGUUAGUCUUAGACUGGACAGCUCGGAUACUGAGAUACCAGUGCAUGGUUAGUCCGUGUUCUGUGACAGAAGAGAUUACUAAAGAAGUCUUUCAUUUAGAGAAAAUGUUACAUUUCUUUAUCGGUAUGGUUGUAUUGCAAUAAAGUAAACUGAUUAUGAAAUGAA